AUGCCGUGGAACACAGAGCUCACGCGUCGGUUAGGCAUUCGAGUGCCCGUCGUGCAGGGCGGUAUGAUGUACGUCGGGUACGCCGAGUUGGCCAGCGCCGUCUCCAACGCCGGCGGGCUUGGCAUCAUCACGGGCCUCAUCUUCCCAACGCCAGCCGACCUGCGCAAGGAGAUCCAGAAGUGCAGGUCACUAACCAAGAACCCCUUCGGCGUCAACAUCACCCUUCUGCCGUCCCUCAACCCGCCUGAUUAUGGCGCCUACGCCCAGGCCAUCAUCGACGAGGGCAUCAACAUCGUCGAGACCGCCGGCAACAGCCCCGGGCCAGUCAUCAGGAAGCUGAAAGAGGCCGGGUGUAUCAUCCUGCACAAGUGCACCACCAUCAGACACGCACAGAGCGCCGUCAAGCUCGGCGUCGACUUCCUCAGCAUCGAUGGCUUCGAGUGCGCAGGCCACGUCGGCGAAUCAGACAUCACAAACUUCAUCCUGCUCAGCCGCGCCCGGCAGUCCAUCAAGGUGCCCUUCAUCGCCUCGGGCGGCUUCGCCGACGGGCAGGGGCUGGCGGCCGCGCUCUGCCUCGGCGCGAGCGGCAUCAACAUGGGCACGCGCUUCAUGUGCACGGUCGAGGCGCCCAUUCACGAGAACAUCAAGAAGGAGAUCGUCAAGGCCAAGGAGACGGACACGGCGCUAGUGCUGCGCAGGUGGACCAACACCACCCGCCUGUAUAAGAAUAAGGUCACAGAGGAGGCGCUCAAGGUCGAGCGGGAGAGCAAGACGGGCGAGUUUGCGGAGAUAGCCCCCUUUGUCAGCGGACAGAGGGGCCGGCAGGUCUUUAUCAACGGCGAUCCGGACUACGGUGUCUGGACUGCUGGCCAGGUCAUCGGCCUGAUCCAUGACAUUCCUACGUGCAAGGAACUUGUCGAGAGGAUCAGUGUAGAGGCUGAGGGGUCGCUCAAGGAGAAGCUGGAGCUUGUUUCACCGACACAGAGCAAGCUGUAG